AUGUCAGCAAUCAGCUCCGUUGCCGUGGACACUGUGAUCAUAGGGGGCGGUCAGGCCGGUCUCGCCAUGAGUCAUUGUUUGAUGGACCGCGGCAUCCACAGUCAAGUGAUUUUGGAAAAGGGGAACAUUGGAGAGAGAUGGAGAUCGUCCUAUUGGGACUCCCUUCAUUUAUUAACACCCAAUUGGCAAACAAGGCUUCCUGGAAAAUGGAGCUAUCAAGGCAAGGAAAUGGAUGGAUUCAUGACCAAGGCAGAGUUUGUUCAUUUGUUAGAAGGAUAUGCCGCUUCCUUUGAGGCUCCCAUUCAGACGAAUACCAAUGUCAUUGAGGUCGCAGAAUUCAUUACGAAUGGAGGUGAACAAGCAGGUAGCAGUGCACUUCGAUUCAAGGUGACAGCAGUGACAAACACCGACUCCAGAGCGAAUCCCUCCAGUUCUACCCGAAUAUGGCUGGCAAGGAACGUUGUCCUCGCGACUGGAUACUGUGACCUUCCCAACAUUCCCAAUUUUGCACGCAAUCUACCCGUGUCGACCUGGGUCAGACAAAUCGCUGCUACAGACUACAAGAAUCCUUCCCAAGUCCUAUCUUGGUUUCAACAGCAGCCAGAAAUGGCGGGUAGAUCCAUUGAUAAUGUCAUUCUUGUUGUUGGGGCUGGAGCCUCUGGUAUUCAAAUUGCCCAUGAGCUUGGCAAGGCCGUUCGUCAGAACAGAAAUGGUAUCCAACCCAUAGUCAUGAUAUCGGUGGGGCGUCAUUGUCGAUGGCCCCGAAAGUACCGUGGCAAAGACAUACUCUGGUGGAUGGAUCAAAUGGAGGCGUUUCGAUCCUCGGCGGUCCAACAAGACGAAGCCUCUAGUCCCGGACCACAACUGAGUGGGUACCCAGGCCAUACCGACGCGAGUCUAUAUCAUCUACACAACGAAUUGGGUGUGCAAGUGGUGGGGAAAACGACAAUACGCAAGAGCUCUGGCAGCAGCACUAUUCAGUUUGACAAUGCCAUGUUAGCCGACUGUCUCAAGCAGGCUGACGACGGAUGCAUCCAAGUUUUGAAAGCCAUAGAUCAGUUCAUCAUCCAGCAACGACUUGACGCUACCAACACAACAGCAUUGACUAAUUCUCCAUUCGAGGGCUCUUGUGGCGAUCCAUGCCCUCGACUUGAGUCAUCUACCAGCAGCGACACCGGUUUCGUCCUGCCUGACGAUGGCUUCCCGACGCAAUGCGAACAAGCUACUCGAAUGUGCAUCAUCUGGGCAACGGGAUUUACACGACAGUAUCCAUUCUUGAGUGAAUCUCUUCAUGAGAGGCUGUGGGAUGCUGAACGGUUCAUUUUGGAAAACCACGGUGGCAUUACCACACAUCCCGGACUGUAUGUCUUGGGAUACCGUUGGCUUCGAAGGAAGCAUUCCAACUUUGUCGACGGGGUGGGAGACGAUGCCAGGGAGCUGGCACAACAUAUUGCUGCAUCUGGAAUUAGCUAG